CACAAAUGCCUAGCACAAGGCUGCUUCUUUCGCAUUUACAUCACGCUUCUACGCUAAUGAAGUGCUGUGAACGUGCAUUCCAUGUGGUGGAUAUAUACUCCGUUCCUGUGGAUUCAUGUGGGUGUGAUGUAUUAACUGAAGAUAAUGAAGUUUCUUCUCGUGUCUAGCUUCUCCAUCUUUCUCUCGGGAUGUGGCCUAAAUAUUUUCCUUCACGCCUCUCCCUUGCCUUCAAGACGUACACUAAAAUCUUACGAUGACUAUUACGACGAUGGGACAGUCAUUGAGCAGCUGACACUAGAAAAGAGAAAUGGCACAGCGAUUGCCUAUGCCAGCGUGCAAGGAGGGUGUGAAAGCUACCCUUAUGGUGAAGGGAUUGCUAAGCAAGUGUGGAUUGUCAGCUGCGACAAGGAAUCGGCGAUCGCUAAGGAGCCGAUGGAUCUCUUCCCGUGUGAGGAGACGCCAGUGUGCCCGAAAAGGAGCGAUCUGGCGAGAAGCAACUGCAUAAAAUUAAUAUAUGAUAGCCUGUCCUCCGAUGCCGUGGCCCAGGAUGGAAUCGCCCUUGACCUGAAGCAAAAGACUUACGAAUCGGGAUGGAAUACUGAGAGGAAGAUUUCGCGACUGUCGAUCAAAAAGCCAACGGGUUUUGCUAACGCUUACAUAAAGCUUAAUGCAAAACACAGAGUGGGUGGCUGCUCAGGGAAAAAGCAUGUUGAAUUGAGAGGCAUCGUCACGCAUGCAACCGUGGAUUUCGUUGUUGACUGGGAAUUGUUGCAAAUGGAUGUGAAUUGCAGUUACUCCGGGGAGCUGUGGCUCCAGAAUGCGUGUUUUGAGGACAUGAGAAAAGACAAACUUCCAGAACUGAAGUAUUUAGAGGAGCCGCAGUCGCUGACGGCGGCGCGCGCGGUCCGGAGGCCGUGGUGGCUCCUGGUCGUGGCCGUGACGGCGCCCCCGAUCGCCGUCGCCCUCUUCUGCUCCGUCGCCUGCAGGAGCUGGACAAGGCCCGCCGUCGGCCUCCAAAACGGGAACUCCAACUUGAAGAGCAGGAACUCGGAGAAACUGACGCGGCGAGAGGUCUUGGUCGCCUACGCAGGAGACAUGAGCGAGGAGGUCUUGCCCCUCCUGAAGGUGCUGAGGGAGAGGAAGGAUAUCAAGCUUCUCGACCUCCACGACCCCCACGCCUACGGGAAGCGCCAGGACCCGACCGUGUGGCUGGCCAAGAAACUCCUGGACAACUCGACGAAGACUCUCAUUGUAGCCUCUAAGGGCGCGAGGACCAUACAACAGCUCGUGGAGGCGGAGUCGAAGCUGGAAAUUCGAAGCAUCGGAGACAAAAUCGGUUCGUGUGAAGCUCCGAGACAGAGAGAGGCGGUGGCGAAUAAGAAGGAGGAGAAAGAGAAGGAGGAAGAGGAGGAGAAGGAAAAGGAAAAGGAGAAGGGACGCGAAACGUUAGAGAGAAUGGAAGAAGGAAGAAGAGAAGGAGAAGAGGAACAUAAUAAGCUGAAGAUUCCCGAGUCUCAAAAUGGAACGAAAGACCUAAAACACGAGGAUGUGAGUCGGGCUGAGAAGGAACGGAAAGAGGACGCGAGAAAUGGACAAAGAACGAACCAGAGAGAACAAGUUUACCAUACCCUCCUGGUGGAUUUUCUUAUAAAAAUGAAAAAUGAGCAGUUCGACGUUUGCCAAGUUUUGAUUGAGAACACGCCCACGACCGACCUUCUGGACGACAUACCGAAGACUAGGGUAUACCGAUGGCCGGAUCACAGAGAUCAUCUGCUGGCGGCGCUCCGAGUGUGAGAAUUCAAGAUUAUAGAAAUGAACAUAAACGUAGAAACUUAUAGAACCGAAUAUUGAUGUUGUAGUUACAACUUUCGACUUUUUUUUUGUCAAAUAUGUUUAUCCCCGAAAGUCCCCCAAGUUGGCAAAUAUAUACUUUUUUACUACCAUUAUUUAUUGUUGUUGUUAAUAGUAUUAUUGCCAUUAUUAUUAUUAUUAUUAUUAUUAUUAUUAUUAUUAUUAUUAUUAUUAUUAUUAUUAUUACCAUUAUCAUUUUCUGAGAGCAUGUUUUAAUGUACCGAAAAUAUAAAAACCUCUACUCUCAUCAACCAUUAUCUACCUCAAAGCACACACAAUCCUUAAAUUUGCUCAUAUUUUGCACACACUAUUGUAAAUUUACAUUUGAAUACCACCAAAAUACAAUCCUCUGGGCUCUCGGUCAUAUGCAACACACACAUAACAGAUUCUUUUUAUGUAAUUUACAUAGUUUGUUUCAAUUUUGUGUUUGUUUGUCUGCUUGCUUGCUUGCUUCUUUGUUUGAAUAGUGUAUAAUUGCAAAAUAUAAUUUAUACAAUGAUAUAUAUAUAUAUAUAUAUAUAUAUAUAUAUAUAUAUAUAUAUAUAUAUGUCUGGUUUAUGUAUAUAUAUCCGAGAUGCUGUUUCGAGUUUGGUGUAAUAUGUACAGUAUAUGCGCCAAAAGAGAUGGCUAUAAUAUAUAUAAUAUAUAUAAUGGACAACUGAAUUUAGAAAUAAAUGUUUCUAUGUACAUACAUAGUUUCAUUCUCAAAAUAGUUUUCUUUCUUUUCUGUAACGUAGCGGAGAUGCAUAUCGGAAAUCGGUGUUAACUGAUUGAAUGCAAAAAUAGCCAAAUGGCAUCGUUCUGUUCUACUCAAUUAUCACACUAACUUGCUAUGUAUCAAAUAAUUAUCAUCACCAAUCUGUUACCUCAGCCAUCUUCGGAUCCAGUGUAUUGUCGUGCCGUUAUACCCAAACUAAUAUUGUGUGUUUUAUUACAAUACCAUGAUUUGUUUUGUACAUGUAUAAUUCCUAUAAGUAUAGAAAAUGUCACGAAAAGACCUCAUUAAUUGAUAAUCAGUUUCUGUAAUCUCAUUAUUAAUAAAAGUUUUAGUAAUCA